CCUCAACUUCAUUGUCCCUUUAUCAUCCUCCUUGUGGCCUUCUAGAACAACCCCGAAUUCCACUACUCCCUUCCAGCCGCGUCUCACGCCAAUCAGAGACUGUCUUUAUCCUGUUGGUGGAGAUGCCGUACCAGGUUCCUGUGAAGACUGCACCGGUUCACAACCUUCUCCGAUCCGUCCCUCCUCGAGCGCGAUACCUCCACGAGUACCGAUGAUGUUCUACCGAGCCCGACGACGCUUCUUGGCCGGCUCCUCUACCCUCGUUUCUCCCUCAUCCUCCUUCUCCUCGCGCUCUUUUCGCUUCCUAUGAUCCGGAGUACCAAAAUCAUUGUUGAGGCCUUGCAUAUCCAUUAGAUCGUGGACUGCGUAUGGAGAUCCACUUAUGUGCUGCGGAUCCGCUUGCCCUUCUUGAAGGAGAACGGAUAAUGUGUCCUUGGUUUCAAAUUCGACCCUUUUACGAAAGGUUCCUUGGUGGUCGAUGAACGACCGAUCGCCGACCGACCCAGGAAGCCCAUGGCCGUUCACGAUAAAUCUCGCCGCCCGUUCAGACAACUGUUCCAGCAGCACCUCGAGCUCGGGACUAUUUCGAGGCAAACGACAGAAGAUAUGGCCCGAUCCAGAAUACUUCCCCUUAAUCUUCUUCGGCUUUGACUCGAGUUCGAAGUAGAAACGCGUCGCAACGAGGCAACGCGCGACGACAUCGACAUCCUCCGACCGACAGAACUGUUCCCGAGCCUUUGUUGCCAGCUCGUGCAUCCUGCCUGUAUCAUCCAAGUCGACCUCUCUGUCCAGUUCAACGUCGAAUCGGAAGUACCGCCCAUCUAACUCUGCCCGUCGUCCAUUCUUAAACGCUUGGGCGAUUUUUUGGCCGUUGAUUAAUUCCAUGAAGGCUCUGUACGAUCGUGGCAGAAAGCCCUCUCUCCAGAUCGCACGCAGUCUGCUGGGGUGCGACGUUGGUACGUGUGAUCCUGAGGACCCGGUGCCGAGGGAGACGACCACAUUGGGCCUUCGGAUCGGUGGCCACACCACAGGGAUUUCCCACAGAGGGAGGUCGACGGGAUUGUUCCUCCACAGAGCUCCGUCUUGGAAGGUUCCUACCCCCGGGAUGCGCUUUGCUGGAAAGUACCUUGUGGCCGUGUGAGCUACCGAAAACUUUGAGAGGGUUGGACGGCAACAUACCACGGUGCCGCAGAUCCGCUCAUUGCUCUUGCAUGCGAUUUCAGUCGUCUUUCCAUACUCAACGAGGCGUGACAGAAGGAAAUAGAAAAUGGUCACUUACAUCUCCCACAGACGAAUCCUUUUCCGCCCAUCUUGCGACCGGACAAUGCGAUAACCUGUUCAUCCGUCAGAGAUCGCUCUCACGUUGCCAGUUCGGGGAUCAAAGUACCACAGUCCUGCGGCCUGGACCCUGUCCCGUUAUAGUUGGUGAAGAGGCAAGAGUCUGUUUCCAGAACCGUGGUCACCGGUAUUCCCACUUUCGCGCCGAUAGCGGUUGCAUGCGAGUAAUCCAAGAUGCCCAUCUCGCUGCCGAAAACUUCCUUCAGUGCACCUUCCAGAUGAUGAGCUGGGUACAGACCGUCGGCCAAGUACGACACAAGAAAUUGGACGAUAUGCGACAGGACCGGAAUGCGAGACAUGACGGGUACGUGAGAAAUCCAGCGCGGUCUGAAUGCCCUUUUCGCCAAAGAUUCGAAAAGAUUCGCACAAUCGUCCACCGUCCAUCCACUGAUGAACAAUGCGAGGACGAUAAGGCCGCCUGAUGAGCGUCAGCGACGGCCCGUGUAACGGAUGGCGUCCACCUACCGGAACUGGUGCCGAAUGCAAUCUCGAAAUGAUCCUGAACUGGGAUCGGUAGACCCAACCUGUCCUGCAGGGUUUGCAAGAACAGCAGUGGCACGACUCCCUUGAUACCACCCCCGUCGAUGGUCAAUACAUUGACCCCGGCGGUAUCAGGCUUUAAUUUUACCGUCACCUCUCGAAGUGCCAUGUCACAGAGAAAACAGCGCCGAACGCCGAACGUCCACCGAUCAUUCUCAUCUUCCUGUCCGAAUACUCGCACGCAGUUUUCACAGACCGCAUGGCCGCAGGGCCAAUUGUUCUCUGGCGUGCGACGCAAGCAGGCGAAACAGAGGUCGUCGCUUCGCACCCGCUUCCAGCGAAGCUUAAACCUCUUGAGGUUGUUGUAAUGGAUCGUCUUGGACGGCGUACCGGCGCCGCGUAUAAAGUCCUCGAAAUAUUUUUGCAGCUGCUCCGAGAUGGCUUGGACGAAACCCGACGGAAGAAGCAAGUUUAUGGAGCCGUCGUACACAAGCACACCGCUCCUGCCCGCUCGAUAGCAGGCGUCUUUAUACAGGGUCUGAAACACAUCUCCAGGGUUAAACGCCACGCGGCCGUCAGAUUAAGCCUGCCACGUGCUGAAAAGAGCUUGGACUUACCAUGCAUACCGGGAGGGUAAUGAUCCAGCAGGAGGCUCGACGCAAUUAUUGGCACCGCGAAGUCCAUCAGCUCUUGAGGCGAUUUGAUGUGCUUCAGGAAGUUAGACAGAUGUGUGCCCAAGUCCGGCGCGACAGGAUUUGGCAAGCGCGACGCUCUCACGAAAUCGAAUGGCUCCCUGGUGGUUCUGCCAAAGUGGUCACUCGCAUAUUUGAAGAAUGCCGCCAGGUGCCUCCCAGAGAAAAGCGUCCUUGCUUCGACCUUGAGCCUUCGACCUUGAUUCAGCACCCGGAUCAAGUAUUCCGCCAGACGCCGGUAGCAGUGCCCUCCCUGGGGUACGGUUACCACUUCGAGAGCUGACACCAUCUCCAGGGGGUUUUUGGUGGUCUCCUUUCUCAGUUCGCCCAGGAGGACAUCCCCGGCCUCCUUGUCCCUUUCGGCGCCAGGGUCUGUGGCUUCCAUCACCACGACCAUCCGUGGAUACGUUGUCUUCGGUAGUGUCGUGGGCUUGCCAUUCUCGAGCCACGACGCGAGUCGACGUACCACGGGGCCAAAUCCGCCGAUGUCGGUGGAAAAGAAGCAAAAGACGUCGGCAAAAGCACCCAAGAGACGGGAAUAGAGAUGAUCGGCGGCAUCUUCUAAAGCUAGAUCCUGGACGCCUCCCCGGAUGCGAGGAAGCGGCAACUGUCUUGUCUCGUGGCAUUGGGCCGAGGACCUUUUUUUCAGGCCCCGGUACGGAAGGUCACCAUCCGCUAAAAGCACGGGCACGUCCUGGAACACAUCGGGAUUUCCUAGUUGGAGAUGCACUGCGCCGCCUCGUUUCCCUCUGCCUGCCGACUUCUGCCUGUUCUCGUCUACACCGAGCGAUCGAAGGGCCGACGAUUUGGCGGUAUGACCGAUGAAGACCAACAGGCUGGGCUGCUGAAGGUCAGGACUGGGAGUGUCGUUGACAAGCGUUUGAAGCCGAUCCGAGAUGCACAAGACGACUUCGUUUCGUUCGAUGCGGAGGGUGAGCCAAUCGCUGUGAUGACAGCGUGCCAUCAUGAAAGCCCAAAUGCUACUGCGAGUCACAGUAUCGAGGAUGUGAGGUGCACAAGACGGGAUGCUUUUAAGACAUCACGAGUAAUCGUCAUCCUGUGAGAAGAGCUCAAUCCAGAUCCUUGAGCAGCGAGCGAGGGAAGGAACGAGACAAAUGGUAGAGACUCGAACGGGCUCCAAGCGCGGCCCUUAGGGAACCAAUUUUGAUCUGGCAUGAAUCUGGUUUACGUUUUGGGCUCCUGACAAGAUCCCUCUAGGGUGAUUAACGUUUCUCACCGUCUAUUUCUUCUUGGGAUCCAGGCUGAAUCGUCUCUCCUUGAGAAACUGCGCAGGUGGAAUACGGUGGAGAGUGGUCGUCAUGGUCAUGACAGGAAUUUCGAAGGGCAGGACAGACAAAUCCUCCAUCAGCAGGAUGCCUUCCAGUGACCAACCUCAUCAUAUGAAUCGGCAACCUGUCGAGCUUGAAGAUCCGAGAUCUACCCCCAAUCUGAAGAGAUACUCCGAGCCACCCGCGUUCAGGCACAGAUGUGCCCUUUGCCGCAAGCUUCGGUCUUCAGCUUACCAGAGAAAUCAUCCCAUCGCCCCGGGAGAAGAACCGAUCCCGGGGGUCUGUUCACGGCCAGGAUGCAGCGCCCAGAAACGAGCAUGGUCUCCAACGAAGAAGCCUCCACUGGUGAUGGUCCUGGAAUUGCACUGUUACGUCUACGAGAACCAUCUCCCCGAUCACUCCACAGGACCACCUCUCACGGUCGAGCUCCCUGCGGCAGAGCAGGCCCGGCGAGAGGAGCUCCUCCGUGGUGAUUAUGGAGUGUUGACCCGGACGCCAACGUACCCAAACACGUUUGAAGGGCAGCAACAAGCUCCAUGGGUCAAUCGCAUGACUAAACCGACUUUUAUACCUCGCUAAACUAGGAGAUUUUGUCAUGGAUCAACAUCGCGUCUGUGUCCACAUCAUCGCGGAUACUGUACCAGGCAUCACGGAAUGCUUCUCGCAUGAUGUUCUACCUUGGAGGAUGACUCCAUCUGAAGAUCAUGUUCACUGAUGGAAUUGGCAGUGGAACCGCCGGCCGGUUAUCUUUGGUGGAAUGUAUUGCAGGGUUGGCACCGGAUUAUGUUUGAUGAGAUUCAUAUAUUGUUCACAUCUAUACCAGACAAUUCUAGUCACACCAUUAGGAACUCAUGGGACGGCUAGGUCCUUCUGCGAUUUCGUUCCCGUGGCUGAGAUCAUGCUGCCAGGACACCAGGUCCAUUGACCACUGCCAAGCGUAAAAUAUGGGCCACCUUCUAGCUCCUUAGGUUCAGGCGGCGACGACCAUGAAAAGAAUACUCGCUGGGUAUCUUGGACUGUGAUCACUUUCACAAACUGCGGCACGGCACUGUUCGUA